CUAGAAACGCUUUUGGCCAACAGGCAGCCUUUUCUACAUUAUUCAUUCUAUUUCAACCAAUGGGAACAUAGUACCAUUCUAAAUUUUAAAAUUUUAGGUCUACCAAAUUUGUAAAUUUUAUACCCCGAUUAGCUAGAUUUUUUAUACCCUAAGAUGCGGAUGCUUUGCGACAGACUUUCCGCCCUGACGGCUGGUGCCAUGGUCGGCGUUUGGUACGCCCAGAACUUCCCCUGCGAGAUUCCCGCGGACGUCCAGGAUAAGGGCAAGGACAAGGCCAAGAGCAAGGACAAGGGGAAAGAGAAGGAAAAGGGGAAGGAUGGUGGCCAGGACAAGAGCAAGGACAAGGGCAAGGAGAAAGGCAAGGAGUAGGGAUAAGAAUACAGCUAAAUCGUGUGGGAAAAGUUAACCAUUUAGACAAAAACGAAACGAUACGCAUGAGCAAAACUCCAACGUAGACGAAGCAAUUAGCAAGAAAAGACAAAGUUUGAAGUAAAUGACCAUUGAAACGGUACGAGAGUUGCUCUGAAAAUGCUUUUGAAAGAGCUCUGUUUAUAUGGUUUUAUUAAGACUUGCUCUAAAGCAAUUAAAUAAAUAUACGAAAUGCGCAUUGUAUCAUCUUAAA